AUGUUUCCGCGGAAAAAGGAUGAGACUGCUGGAAUUCUGAUUGCUUCUGCCAAAGCAAUUCAACUGAAAGUCAACUGCAAGAUUGCUAGGCUGGCUAUGAACUUUUGGGCAGAAGCAAUCAACACAACAUGCUUUGUUACGUUCUGUUUUCGAUAUGGUGUGCUAUGUGUUCGAUACUUGGCAUCGAAUGAUUUUGUUCGUGAGGCUGAAGCAUAUGCUAUGUUGUUUACUCCUCUGCACAUUGCUUGUUUGAGUGUCCAUCUUGAGUUUGCUAAGGAGAUCAUUCAUUUGAGGCCCGAAUUUGCAAGAGAACUAAACCAGGAUGGUUUCAGCCCUUUGCAUAUUGCCUCAGCAAAUGGAGAUAUAGAGAUUGUGAAGGAGCUAUUGAAUGUUGACAGUAAUCUAUGCCUUGUCAAGGGGAAGGACAGAAGAAUUCCCCUUCACUAUGCAAUAAUCAAAGGCAGAGGACAUGUCAUGAAGGAGCUUCUUGUGGCUUCUCCAGACUCAGCAGAAGAAGUGACUGCUCGUGGCGAGACUUGCCUUCAUUUAGCUGUCAAGAAUCAUCAGUUUGAAGCAUUCAAAUUACUACUUGAGAAUCUCAAGGAAUUUGACAAGAAUGGUCUUUUAAACAAGAAGGAUAUCCAAGGAAACACUGUUUUGCAUCUUGCUACGUCAACUAAGCAAUUCGAGGUUGUUGAUCAAUUGCUCGACGAAAAUCUUGUUGCUAAAGGCACUACUGAAGUGAAUUCUUUGAACAAAGGAGGCCUUACACCUUUGGAAGUACUACUUAAGGAAUCAGGAGAUAGAGGUAUUGAGGAAAUUCUAACAACAUCUGGUGCUGUAUCUGCUGAAAACUUGCAAUCUUCGCAACAAGAAGGUUUGCCACAAUCAUCAUUCAUCUAUCUCAUUUACAAGAAUGUUCCAGUCCAAGAUCCAUCAAAUGAACAAUCCAGCAGAGAACAAACAAGGGACGAUGGGCCUCGAUCUAAUUCUAAGAAGCUUCAGGAUUUCUUCAAGUACAAUAAAACCAAAGAUUGUCCAGGAAAAGUAAGAGACACCUUUCUUGUGAUAGCCAUUCUAAUUGCAACUGCAACUUAUCAAACAGUACUUAGUCCACCAGGAGGUGUAUGGCAGGACACUUACUGGCCUGAUCACAAUAACAGCAGCAGUAGUGAUGGCAUAAUGUCCUUGCGACGAAUUGCAGGACAAUCAGUGAUGGGAACCAACAAUCCAAUUUCCUAUGGCUUGUUCUUGGUUUUCAACUCUAUCGGAUUUUUCGUGUCCCUUCACACUAUAAAUUUCCUGACCAUAGGAUUUCCUUUGCAAUUGGAACUGCAGAUCUCACUUGUUGCCUUGAUAGCAACCUAUGAUACUGUGAUGUCUGCCAUAACGCCUAACCGGGGAAUUUCUCUCUUAUUUACUAUCUUUUCCAUAGUCUUUACAGUAUUCUUGCCUCAUAUUACAAAGUUGUUGAGAAACCAUUGCAAGAAACCUAAAUUUAUUAUCAAGAUUUGUGAACUGUUUAGAUAGUUGAACAACAUC